GACCAAUUAUAAAAGAAGAUCAAAGCUGCUCCUCAGUUCUCUACAUCAAAUCUAUGACAGACAUUUCCAGUCUCUUGAAGAACCUAAGUCGCAGGGACCAACUUGACUAUGGUUUAGCUGUGAUAGUUUUAUCCUCUGUUUGUUGGUUUCUUUGGCUUUACGCCAAAAACAAACGGCGGUCUCCACCGUUGCCGCCGGGACCUUGGGGCCUUCCCAUUAUCGGAAACCUUCCAUUUAUCCAACCGGAGCUUCACACCUACUUCCAAGGGCUGGCUAAAAAGCACGGUCCCAUUUUCAAACUCUGGCUCGGGGCCAGGCUGACAAUUGUGGUCACAUCUUCUGAAGUAGCCCAAGAGAUUUUUAAAACAAAUGAUGUCAUCUUCGCAAACCACGAUGUCCCAACCGUGGCUCCGGCCAAUACGUAUGGUGGUAAGGAGAUCAUUUGGUCGCCGUAUGGACCAAAGUGGCGGAUGCUGAGGAAACUAUGUGUUAAUAAGAUACUGAGCAAAGCCAUGUUGGAUUCCUCCACUGAACUCCGUCGCCAAGAGACUCGGCAAACCGUCCGGUAUUUGGCAGACCAGGCUCGGGUCGGUUCGCCGGUUAACCUGGGAGAACAAAUAUUCUUGAUGAUGUUGAAUGUUAUUACGCAGAUGCUAUGGGGCACAACGGUUAAGGAAGAAGAGAGGGAUGUUGUUGGAGCCGAGUUCUUAGAGGUGAUUAGAGAGAUGAACGACCUCCUGCUAGUGCCCAAUAUCUCCGACUUUUUUCCGGUAUUGAGCCGGUUUGAUCUUCAGGGUUUGGUUAAGCGUAUGCAAAGACCGGCUCAAAGGAUGGAUCAUUUGUUUGACCGGAUCAUUAACCAACGGCUGGGGAAGGAUAGUGACAGUAGUGAUGGGAGAGCUGUGGAUUUCCUCGACGUCUUGUUGAAAGUCAAGGAUGAAGAAAAUGAAAAGACGAAUUUCACCAUGAAUGAUGUCAAGGCCGUGCUCAUGGACAUGGUGCUCGGUGGUACAGACACAUCACUGCACGUCAUAGAAUUCGCGAUGGCCGAGCUAUUACACAACCCGGAUAUCAUGAAGAGAGCUCAACAAGAGCUUGACAAAGUUGUGGGCAAAGAAAAAGUUGUGGAAGAAUCUCACAUCUCUAAACUUCCAUACAUUCUCGCCAUUAUGAAAGAAACUCUAAGGCUUCACACGAUUGUUCCACUCCUUGUUCCUCGCCGCCCGUCAAAAACCACCGUGACAGUGGAGGUCGAGGAGAAGUUUGGAAUCGUGUUGGAGCUAAAGAAUCCCCUUGUUGCCACGCCCGUACUAAGGUUGUCCGAUCCAAAUCUUUAUCUCUAGGGAUUUAAGUUCAACACAAAGGGACAUUUUUGAAUAAAUUUUACAUUGAUUC